AGGGGCAUCCGGGUUGGUUGGGGACGCUUUCUGUCUGAGAGAUCGGUUAGCUCUGUGAUCUUUUCCUCCACCUCUGGGUACCGUUUUGGGCUCCCUCGACAGCUCUGUGCUCUGCUUCUCCACCUGUGCUGUGCUCACACACUGAAUGGCUGCCUGUAGAGAGGGAGAGGACCGAACGCUUCUGCACUACUCCAUUGAAACACUUUCCAACGGAAUAUAGCGAGGGGGGUGAGUUUUACCAGGGUUCACCGGGGUCAGAAAGGACACGGGAAGUCGUCGAGGUGUUUGCGGCGGCUAGCUGUUGUGAAGUGGCUCUUCUUCGGGGAGGAAUUGAGAGCGGUACCGUACCCGGUAGUGCUGGGCUAGAGCGUUAUGGCUCAGACGCUACAGAUGGCGAUCCCUAACUUUGGCAACAACGUGUUGGAGUGUCUCAAUGAGCAGCGUCUCCAGGGGCUCUACUGCGACGUCUCCGUGGUUGUCAAGGGACACGCCUUCAAGGCGCACCGGGCGGUCCUGGCGGCCAGUAGCUCCUACUUCCGGGACCUGUUCAACGCUGGGGGGAAGAGCAGUGUGGUGGAGCUCCCCCCGGCCGUCCAGCCCCAGAGCUUCCAGCAGAUCCUGGCCUUCUGCUACACAGGCCGCCUCAGCAUGAACGUAGGGGACCAGUUCCUCCUCAUGUACACCGCAGGCUUCCUGCAGAUCCAGCAGAUCAUGGAGAAGGGCACCGAGUUCUUCCUCAAGGUCUCCUCCCCUAGCUGUGACUCCCAGGGUCUUCAUGCAGAAGAGACUCCGCCCUCCGAGCCCCAGAGCCCUGUCACUCAAACCACAGGGGGGAGGGCCUGCCUGACACCCCUCCCCCUGGUGUCGAGGGUGAAGACUGAGCAGAGCGGGAACUCGGUGGUGUGCAGCCCUGUCGCCAAGCGCCUGUGGGAGGGGGGCAACCGCGGUGACGGGGGAGGGGGGUCGGGAGGAGGAGGGGGGUCCAGGAAAGCCGCCCGCUACUCUUCCUCCUCCGCCUCCUCAAACAACUGCAACUCCCAAGAUGCAACGGGCAGAAACGUUGUUAACCACAGUAACCAUAACAACAACAACAGUAACCAUAACAGCAGCAGCGUGGGGACGCCGGACGGAACGAGUCCGGGGACGCUGAGCAUGUACACCAGCGACUCGCCCCUUAGUUACCACGAUGACGAGGAGGAAGAGGAAGUGACCGACGACAGCGCUGAAGAGCAGUACAGGCAGAUCUGUAACAUGUACACAAUGUACAGUAUGCUCAAUGUGGGCGCCACAGUAGCGGGCGAGCGCGUGGAGUCCCUACCGGAGCACCUCACGGCCGAGACCCGGGCGGCAGGGGUGAGGCUACGCCAGGAUCUGGCUUCGCUACCUGCCGAACUCAUCAACCAGAUAGGUAACCGGUGCCACCCACGGCUGUACGAGGAGGGGGACCCUGCAGAGAGGCUGGAGCUGGUGACGGGUACCUCCGUGUUCAUCUCCCGCGCCCAACUCAUGAACUGUCACGUCAGCGCCGGCACGCGGCACAAGGUCCUACUGAGGAGGCUGCUGGCCUCUUUCUUCGACAGGAGUACUCUAGCGAACAGCUGUGGGACGGGGAUCCGCUCUUCUACAAACGACCCCAGCCGCAAGCCCCUGGACAGCAGAGUACUGCACGCCGUCAAGUUUUACUGCCAAAACUUUGCGCCGAGCUUCAAGGAGAGCGAGAUGAACGCCAUCGCGGCUGACAUGUGCACUAAUGCCCGCCGGGUCGUCAGGAAGUCCUGGAUCCCGAAGCUCAAGCUCCUCAUGGCCGAGGGUGACGCCUACUCCGCUUUCCUCCAAUCAGACGCCAUCAAGAUGGAGGCCGACGCCCUGGGGGCGGAGCAUGGGUUCGACCCCAACUCCCUGGCAGAAGAGGCGGCGGCAGCAGCCAAUAGCGAUGCGGGACCUUCUUCGGGGGAGGGGUUACAAGGCGUUGUGGGCGGAGACGGCAGCACUUUGUUUUAAAGUGAGUGGGCUUAUUGUGAUCUUAUUGGUCGAUGGUCUUUGAUCAUUGCUCCCGGAGAUACUUCCUCCCCCAGUUUUAGGUUGUUUUUUAAUGUCACUUUUCCAUAUUUUAAUCUCUUCCCUCAAUACUUGGAAUUUCAUUUAUUAUAUCCAUCUGUUACAUCCCUUGUUCUCUCUCUCUCGCCGUCCCAGACCCAUGUACAUAGUGUCUGCCCCCUUUUGGGCGGGAGAGAGAUGGAGGGAUAGAGGUGUAGAAAGAAAGAGGUUUGUCAUGUAAGGGGGGGGUUAACCUAGAAAUAUUCCCUGAUCCCAUUGUAGAAUCUUUUCUUGUUUUAAUGUUUGUUUUCUGGUUGGCGAAGGUCCUUUCUCCUUUCCAUAUCGCUGAAACACAUUCCCUAGGAGGGGGGGCCUUUUGGGUUGGAUGGGG